CCCGCCGCGCCGCCGUCGGGCUGGGGCUGGACGCGGGGACCCUCGCCCCGGACUCCGCGGUCCCGUCCUGCUCCCCGCCGACCGCGCGGUCCGCGCCCCAGGCCGGAGGGAGACGAGGCCCGAGGCAGGCCUUGGCAUGUUGCCCCUGCUGCACCCCCUUCUUCUCCUGGCCUUGGGCCUGAGGCUGGCUGCAAGUCUCAGCCCCAACGAUCCCAAUGCCUGCAGCUUCUGGGAAAGCUUCACCACUACCACCAAGGAGUCCCAUUCCCGGCCCUUCAGCCUGCUCCCCUCAGAGCCCUGCGAGCGGCCCUGGGAGGGCCCCCACACCUGUCCCCAGCCCACGGUCGUCUACCGGACCGUGUACCGUCAGGUGGUGAAGACAGACCACCGUCGGCGCCUGCAGUGCUGCCAGGGCUUUUACGAGAGCAAUGGCAUCUGCGUCCCGCUCUGUGCCCAGGAGUGUGUCCAUGGCCGCUGCGUGGCACCCAGUCAGUGCCAGUGUGUGCCUGGCUGGCGGGGUGAAGACUGCUCCAGUGAGUGUGCCCCGGGAGUGUGGGGGCCGCAGUGUGACAAGCCCUGCAGCUGCGGCAACAACAGCUCCUGUGAUCCCAAGAGUGGGGUCUGUUCUUGCUCCUCUGGCCGGCAGCCCCCGAAUUGCCUUCAGCCCUGUGCCCCCGGCCACUAUGGUCCUGCUUGCCAAUUCAGCUGCCAGUGCCAUGGGGCGCCCUGUGAUCCCCAGACGGGAGCCUGCUUCUGCCCCCCAGAGAGAACCGGGCCCAGCUGUGAUGUGUCCUGUCCCCAGGGCACUGCCGGCUUCUGCCCCAGCACCUAUCCUUGCCAAAAUGGAGGUGUGUUCCAGGUGCCCCAGGGCUCCUGCAGCUGCCCCCCUGGCUGGAUGGGCACCAUCUGCUCCCUGCCCUGCCCAGAGGGCUUCCAUGGACCCAGUUGCUCCCAGGAAUGUCUCUGCCACAACGGCGGCCUCUGCGACCGCUUCACUGGGCAGUGCCGCUGCGCUCCGGGCUACACCGGGGAUCGGUGUCGCGAGGAGUGCCCGGUGGGCCGCUUCGGGCAGGACUGCGCCGAGACGUGCGACUGUGACCCUGGCGCCCGCUGCUUCCCGGCCAACGGCGCGUGUCUGUGCGAACACGGCUUCACCGGCGACCGCUGCACCGAGCGCCUCUGCCCCGACGGCCUCUACGGCCUCAGCUGCCAGGCGUCCUGCUCCUGCGACCCAGAGCACAGCCUCAGCUGCCACCCGAUGAACGGGGAGUGCUCGUGCCGGCCGGGCUGGGCCGGCCUCCACUGCAACGAGAGCUGCCCGCGGGACACGCACGGCCCGGGGUGCCAGGAGCACUGUCUCUGCCUGCACGGCGGCGUCUGCCAGGCGGACAGCGGCCUCUGCCGGUGCGCGCCGGGCUACACGGGCCCUCACUGCGCCAGUCUCUGUCCCCCCGACACUUACGGGGUCAAUUGUUCUGCACGCUGCUCGUGCGAAAAUGCCAUCGCCUGCUCCCCGGUCGACGGCACGUGCGUCUGCAAGGAAGGUUGGCAGCGUGGCAACUGCUCUGUGCCCUGUCCACCUGGAACCUGGGGCUUCAGCUGCAAUGCCAGCUGCCAGUGCGUCCACGAGGCAGUCUGUAGCCCCCAAACCGGAGCCUGUACCUGCACCCCUGGGUGGCGCGGGGCCUACUGCCAGCUGCCCUGCCUGAAGGGGCAGUUUGGUGAAGGUUGUGCCAGUCACUGUGACUGUGACCACGCUGAUGGCUGUGACCCUGUUCAUGGACUCUGCCGGUGCCAGGCUGGCUGGAUGGGCACCCGCUGCCACCUGCCCUGCCCUGAGGGCUUCUGGGGAGUCAACUGCAGCAACACCUGCACCUGCAAGAACGGGGGCACCUGCCUUCCUGAGAAUGGCAACUGUGUGUGUGCACCCGGGUUCCGAGGCCCCUCCUGCCAGAGAUCCUGUCAGCCUGGCCGCUAUGGCAAACGCUGCGUGCCCUGCAAGUGCACUAACCACUCUUCUUGCCACCCCUCGGACGGGACCUGCUACUGCCUGCCUGGCUGGACGGGCCCUAACUGUUCCCAACCUUGUCCCCCAGGACACUGGGGAGCCAAAUGCGCCCAACCUUGCCAGUGUCGCCAUGGUGGGACCUGCCACCCCCAGGAUGGGAGCUGUGUCUGCCCCCCAGGCUGGACCGGACACCACUGCAUGGAAGGUUGCCCUCUGGGGAUGUUCGGUGCCAACUGCUCCCAGCCAUGCAAGUGUGGUCCUGGAGAGAAGUGCCAUCCAGAGACCGGGGCCUGUGUGUGUCCCCCGGGGCACAGUGGUGCGCCCUGCAGGAUGGGAAGCCAGGAGCCCUUCACCAUGAUGCCUACCUCUCCAGUGGCCUAUAACUCGCUAGGUGCGGUAGUGGGCAUUGCAGUGCUGGGGUCCCUCGUGGUGGCUCUGGUGGCACUGUUCAUUGGCUACCGCCAUUGGCAAAAAGGCAAGGAGCACCAACACCUGGCAGUGGCCUAUAGCAAUGGACGGCUGGACGGCUCUGAGUAUGUCAUGCCAGAUAUCCCUCCGAGCUACAGUCACUACUAUUCCAACCCCAGCUACCACACCCUGUCACAGUGCUCUCCUAACCCUCCGCCCCCUAACAAGGUUCCAGGCAGUCAGCUCUUUGCCAGCCUGCAGGCCUCUGAGCGGCCCUGUGGUGCCCAUGGGCAUGACAACCACGCCACCCUGCCUGCAGACUGGAAGCUCCGCCGGGAUCUGCCUCCGGGGACUCUCGACAGAGGGAGCAGCCGUCUGGACCGAAGCUACAGCUAUAGCUACAGCAACAGUAAUGGCCCAGGCCCGUUCUACAGUAAAGGGGCCAUCUCUGAAGAGGGGCUGGGGGCCAGCGUGGCUUCCCUGAGCAGCGAGAACCCCUAUGCCACCAUCCGGGACCUGCCCAGCCUGCCAGGGGGCCCCCGGGAGAGCAGCUAUGUGGAGAUGAAAGGACCCCCAUCAGGAUCUCCCCCCAGGCAGCCUCAUCAGGUCCGGGACAGCCAAAGGCGACGGCACCCCCAGCCGCAGAGAGACAGUGGCACCUAUGAGCAGCCCAGCCCCCUGAUCCAUGACCGAGACUCUGUGGGCCUCCAGCCCCCACUGCCUCCAGGGCUGCCCCCCGGCCACUAUGACUCACCCAAGAACAGCCACAUCCCUGGACAUUACGACUUGCCUCCAGUGCGGCAUCCGCCGUCGCCCCCACUUCGACGCCAGGACCGUUGAGGAGCCAAGAUGGUGUGGCAGACAGAGGCCAGCACAUCUGCCUUGCUGUCCAAGGCUGGGGACAGAGCCUGGUGUACCCUG